AUGAUACCCUCUGCUCAUCCAUAUAAUUUGUUUCUUUCUUUGUUUCUUUCUUACUGUCUCUUUCAUAUGAUACCCUCUGCUCAUCCAUAUAAUUUGUUUCUUUCUUUGUUUCUUUCUUACUGUCUCUUUCAUAUGAUACCCUCUGCUCAUCCAUAUAAUUUGUUUGUUUCUUUGUUUCUUUCUUACUGUCUCUUCCAUAUGAUACCCUCUGCUCAUCCAUAUAAUUUGUUUGUUUCUUUGUUUCUUUCUUACUGUCUCUGUUUCCUUUUCAUCCAUAUGAUACCCUCUGCUCAUCCAUAUAAUUUGUUUCGUUUCUUUGUUUCCUUUUCAGUUCAUAUGAAACCCUCUGCUCAUCCAUAUAAUUUGUUUGUUUCUUUGUUUCUUUCUUACUGUCUCUGUUUCCUUUUCAUUCAUAUGAUACCCUCUGCUCAUCCAUAUAAUUUGUUUCUUUCUUUGUUUCUUUUUUUACUGUUCUUUCUUUUAUCCAUACUGUCUCUUUUUUCCUUUUCAGUCCAUAUGAUACCCUCUGUCAUCCAUAUAAUUUGUUUCUUUCUUUGUUUCUUUCACUGUCUUCUCUUUUCCUUUUCAGUCCAUAUGAUACCCUCUGCUCAUCCAUAUAAUUUGUUUGUUUCUUUGUUUCUUUUCUUACUGUCUCUGUUUCCUUUUCAGUUCAUAUGA